AUGGAUCCUCAAAUUACGCUGCUCAAAUCCCGGGCUGAGGUUACACCGCCGAUGACAGAGGGAGGAAGACGCCUGAAAUCUUUCAAAUCGUUCAACAAACUUUUCCAAGCGUUGAAGCUACGUUCCACUGAUCAUCCUACCAACAAUGCGCCGUCACACGACUUGCAAGUGCCCGAGGCGGUGGUUGGGUUAAGGAGACAACAAACCGCCCAAAGUCCCUCAUUGGGAGAAUUGUCCAAGAAUGCGGUCAUGACACCCCAAAGCAAGAAAGAAACCGGCGAAAUCUUGAAAUAUCGACAAGAUACUGGGCAAGACGAAGACCCUCCCCGACUAGUCAGAUAUGAGACACUCGAUACACUUGUACAAGAUUCAAAUGGGGACGAUGAACAAGAACUUCUUGACCAAGCGGCAUCAUUCAUUCCGACCAGUCAAGACGUACCAUCACACCUACCCAACUUAACCAGACCCGUGGUUAUUCCCCGAGUGGGCAAAGGUGCCACUGCACCGCUUUUCCGUGCCUGGCCACCAGACCUAGCCACCCAAGCCAUCUCCAAACAAGACUUCAUCACCUUCAUCGACAAUCUCAACAUCCUAAGCCAACCCCCAGCUCACGCCGUAGCCCUACGCAUAGCCGCCAUCGGAAUAGCAUUCGUGCCAUUCGACGGCGCAGACGGCUUAUCCACGGCCACAGAGCUCGCCGCCGACGCUCUAGCCCGACACACCAUCCGAGUCCGGUGCCAGGAAUUUCUCAAAAGAACCAAUGACGAGUACUUUCACCCUCGAAAUCUGCACGCACGUCUCGUAAACUCCAAAACUAUGCGUCGGGUCGUCAACAUCCCGGAUGAUGACGCCCUGGUCGCGCCACUAGCUGAACAUACUCUCACAAUGUCGCCACGCGAACGGUGCCUCCAGCAGUUGGAAAAGUAUUCUUGUGAGUUAUCGGAGGAUGUGCCUGAUCCCGCGCCGCAGACAAAAGUGCUACAGCGCAUUGCAGCAUGGAACGUGAGGAAGCAGAACCGGUACUUUGACAAGGUGGCUGUCAAGGCUAGAAAGAGGGCGUGGAAGAAGUUUCGAAAAGGUAAGAAACUGAAGAGGGAGGGCGGGCUAGAGAAGAAGAGGGUGGAGAGGCUGCAGUGGCUGGUGAUACAGGACUUGGGGGAGUUUGAAGACCAGCAGAGGAAAAUGGAGGGUUUGAGAAGGAGGAUGUCGACUUGGGAGACUAUUCGGUCCAAAGCAGGCGGAUGA